AUGCAGGUUAGUUACAAAGCAUUUUUUUCUCUUCCCCUUAUAGGCCUGGUUGGUUUACACAACAUUGGACAGACCUGCUGCCUUAACUCCUUGAUUCAGGUGUUUGUAAUGAAUGUGGACUUCGCCAGGAUAUUGAAGAGGAUCACGGUGCCCAGGGGAGCUGACGAGCAGAGGAGGAGCGUCCCUUUCCAGAUGCUUCUGCUGCUGGAGAAGAUGCAGGACAGCCGGCAGAAAGCAGUGCGGCCCCUGGAGCUGGCCUACUGCCUGCAGAAGUACAACGUGCCCUUGUUUGUCCAACAUGAUGCUGCCCAACUGUACCUCAAACUCUGGAACCUGAUUAAGGACCAGAUCGCUGAUGUGCACUUGGUGGAGAGACUGCAGGCCCUGUAUAUGAUCCGGAUGAAGGACUCCUUGAUUUGCCUUGACUGUGCCAUGGAGAGUAGCAGAAACAGCAGCAUGCUCACCCUCCCACUUUCUCUUUUUGAUGUGGACUCAAAGCCCCUGAAGACACUGGAGGACGCCCUGCACUGCUUCUUCCAGCCCAGGGAGUUAUCCAGCAAAAGCAAAUGCUUCUGUGAGAACUGUGGGAAGAAGACCCGUGGGAAACAGGUCUUGAAGCUGACCCAUUUGCCCCAGACCCUGACAAUCCACCUCAUGCGAUUCUCCAUCAGGAAUUCACAGACGAGAAAGAUCUGCCACUCCCUGUACUUCCCCCAGAGCUUGGAUUUCAGCCAGGUCCUUCCAAUGAAGCGAGAGUCUUGUGAUGCUGAGGAGCAGUCUGGAGGGCAGUAUGAGCUUUUUGCUGUGAUUGCGCAUGUGGGAAUGGCAGACUCCGGUCAUUACUGUGUCUACGUCCGGAAUGCUGUGGAUGGAAAAUGGUUCUGCUUCAAUGACUCCAAUAUUUGCUUGGUGUCCUGGGAAGACAUCCAGUGUACCUACGGAAAUCCUAACUACCACUGGUAAGAAACAGAUUUGGGUAAUUGGAG